UCUCAACGGUGCUAGUAAGCUUGCAAUGAGCACUACUACGUACACACUGAAGGCGGGAUAUUCACAGAAUAUAGAUCUGCGUUUCUAAUUCCCCCGACCGUACUCGGAUUCUGCACACACGCCCUUUGGGAAACUAGAUUUGGCUUUGUUCGCCUUAACCGCUGCUGAUGCUUCUGGACGCGCGCCAGUCCCAAGCACGAUCGAGAUGAACCGAGUUUCUUUACGUUUCCCAGCUUGCUGGGAUGCUUCCCAUUUCUACACGAAGCGGGAUUUGAGGUGAUGUUUGUAGUUCGUCCCCCGUCCAUUCACCCAUUUCUCCCCCUCCAUUCGGGAGAUACCGAAGCAACGUAAAGGACGAGCGAAGACCGAAGGCAAAGCAGAACGACAAGAGCCAUGUCAGCGCAAAGGUGCAAGUGGACGGAAAGCGAGCCAGAGGCUUGCGCCAUCGUGUGGGACGACUAUCCCAACUACAUCGGAGUGCAUACGGUGGCUUUCGUCUGCAUCGUUGCCACGAUAAUCGGCUCGACCUUCGUCCUUGUCCGGGCUUAUAGAGAGAAGACCUACACAUCGUUCGCCGACCGAUUGCCUCUCUAUCGGUGCCUCGCCGAUCUUAUCUUUGCAACAGUCCAUACACUGGACCACGUCGUGGUGGUCAGCGCACAGAGGUAUCCGGCCGAGCGGGUCGGAGCAGUUCUGGCAACCUUGAUCUUCUGCUUCAUCGCAUAUCAAAUGCUCGUCACGACCGUACUCUCGUUUCAAUCCUUCCUAAAAGUCGUCGUCGGGAGGGAGUUCCCCCUGGGAGCAUACGAAUACCGUCUUCACCUCAUGGCAAUAAUGCCGGGGCUUUUGAUCUUUGGGACCGCAAACAUACUUAACGGCACUGGCCCGUUUCUGUACUUCCAAGGUCCCAACCUACAGGUUGGCACUGCGGGUCGCAUUUACGGCUGGUUUGCGGUUGCAUUCUUUAUAUCCGUCAUAUGCAUUGUUCUGGCGACAUCCACGCUGACUGUGCGACACGUCAACAAGGUCCGAAAUGGGAUGGGGCAGAAGAAGAGCGCUGCACAGAUGGCCGCGAGCGCAGGGACGGAACGCGCCGUGCGAAGAUUGCAGAGCUUCGUGAUCGCCGCUUGCUUGCAAUGGUUUCCGUGCUCGGUGCUGCUCACCGCCAUCAUGGCGGAUGGCAUCGCCCCGUACGGGUUCAGAAUGUUCCUGAUCUAUAUCGGAGUCGCUGGGGCCAAUCUCGGAGGUGUAUGGAACAGCGCCGCGUAAGUUGAUCCCGCCCUUUCAGAUGUGCAAUCUUUGAGCGUUGCAAUUAUCGAGCAUGCGACAUGGUAACGCUUUAGCAAUUUGGGUAGGUAUCUUUACAACGAGUAUAUUUACCGAACCACGCGAGCGGAGGUGCACAAGGCGCUCACCGAAGGGUCCUCGAAGUCGUCAAGCGGUGCACACAGUCAGCAGAGUCAAGCGCCCAUCGUGGGAAGUAUGCAUAGGAAGACUCCCG